AUGGUCUUGCAACCAAAACAAAAUUAUGAUCGCCAAUUCCAGUGCUUCAAUUGCGGCAAUUGGUACAAGGCGAAGAGCUCGAUGAUCAGGCACAUUCAGUACGAAUGCGGUAAAGAGAAAUCGUUCAGCUGCGAAAAGUGCGGGAAGAUGUUCAAGAGGAACGACCACCUGAAGCAGCACAGAUUGACGCACACUAUGUACGAUUAUUACAUCAACGUGAGCCCGAACAGCUUUGUCUGCUACCAAUGCGGACACUAUUACAAGUUCAAGAGUUCUCUGAUGCGGCACAUCCAGUACGAGUGCGGCAAGGACAAGUCCAUUUCGUGCGAGCUCUGCGACAAGAAGUUCAAGCGGAAGGAUCAACUCAAGCAACACAUGACCACACACUACAUGUGCUCAACGCAGACCUACCAAUAA